AUGGCCGCCGCUAGCACUAGCCGUUUCAAAAAUGUUGAAGAUGAGGAUAUUAUUAGUCUCUUAGAGAGUAAAGACAGUCAAAAUACGAAGAAAAAGUUUUACGUUGGUAUUAGAAAAAAAGACGGUGGACUUUAUAAGUUGAAAUCAUUUCAGCUUCUUAAAUGGGGAGUGGCACGAUACAUCAGAGAGACACUUAAGAUGGACAUUACCAAGUCUGAAUUCAAGGCAUCAAACGAUGUUUUCAAAGCGAAGGUUGUGGAACUGCAGAAGUCAGGAAAAGACACUAAAUCCAUUACUUUUAAAAAUAAAUCCAGUUUGGAUAACUUCAGUGAUUCUGGAUUUUACAAUGAUGUCGAAACUGAGCAGAAUUACAGCCUUAAACAUGGCAUUGGUCAGGAACUAAAAGAACGGAUUAUCAAAGACAACGGCAGCCAUCACAAGAACGUUAAUGUUGGAAAGAAAUUUAAUAGUGAUCUCAAACAAGGACGUGGUGUCAAUAGCUUUUUGAUGGAAUAUAGACACCGAAGGAACGUAAUAAAAGCUUGUCAAGUGUUUUACCUAUCAGCGAAUUACAGUUCUAUCACAAGCAACCCGGACGUGAUAAAGUUAUAUGGAUACUAUUUUCUGGUACCCAAUAUAACGCAAAACGAUCGUCCAAUAUAUGUACAUGAAUCUAAUUCAGCGUUUUUGAAGUUUAUCUGCUUUGGUGAAAGCAUUAAUUCCUGCCUUUGGGGUGUUAGCGGUAGUGUAAAUAUAGUUGAUACAUCAUAUGAAUUGUCGGUGUUGGAUACAGCCUUGACUCCAGUGACUAUCACGGAAGUCGUUUGGACAGAUGGGAUGCAAGAGAUUGUGUCACGCAUUAAGUGCGAUGAUGAGAGGGGACAGCGCAGGGGUCGCCUGCUCAUACUUGACAAUAACACCGACAAUCGAUUCUCUUACUUACGGGGAUUAUACAACACAACGGGUGACGUCAUCAAUCAUAGACCUGUAUACCAAUGGAUGAAGCCGACACUCGGCUAUAUUUCUAUAUUUAGAGAUCUUCAUCUGUAUUAUCUCUCUACCUCAUCAGAAUGGGUAUUAGGGCAAGGUACAGAAGGCAAGACCAUUAUAUGUCGUGUGACUGACCCUGUUCUAUACCCAACAAAUAUCACUAGGGCUUGGAUGUGUGCGGAUUUCAUUACUGAUUUGACCAUUCCGGAACCAUUUCACUUUUUACACUUUGUCCCUAAACCAGAGCCGACAACACAAAACAUAUUAAUGACGUCAUGGAAAAAAGCUGUGCCAAGUUUUACAGGUUUGAACUUUUAA